AUGACUGCCGAUACCCAGACUCCCGUUACCAAGGUCGACCAAGCUCCUCCUCUCCUCAUCAAGAAGCUGUCCGACAAGGCCCGUCUGCCCACUCGCGGCUCCGCCUUCGCUGCUGGUUAUGACAUCUACGCUUCCAAGGAGACUACGAUCCCUGCGCGCGGAAAGGGUCUGGUGGAUACGGAUAUUUCCAUGGCUGUUCCUGCUGGGACUUACGGCCGCAUCGCCCCCCGCUCCGGCCUAGCAGCCAAGAACUUCAUCGACGUCGGCGCCGGCGUCAUCGACGCCGACUACCGCGGCCAAGUCAAGGUUCUCCUGUUUAACCACUCGGACGUGGACUUUGCCGUCAACGAGGGCGAUCGCGUCGCGCAGCUGGUUCUCGAACGCAUCUAUACCCCCGAGGUGGUCGAGGUCGAACAGCUGGAGGAGAGCGUCAGAGGCGCGGGCGGGUUCGGGAGUACGGGCGUUAGUUCUAGUGUUGGGGAGCAGGUGAAGAACUAA